CGCAAGUGUCGGCCUUAAAUUUUAUGUAUGAUUUAUUCAAGCCCUUGGAUAAAUUUAUUUUUGCUCAUGGCAAUUAAAAUGGUGCUGUGUGGGGCAGUGGCGGGCGCAGACGAGUACCUGGGCGCCGUGGCGGGCAACGCGAGCCGCGUGCGCCGCGCGCCCGCGCACCACAAGUACACCAACUCCAUGACGGAGGAGGAGAUGGAGGCGACGUCGUGGAAGCGGUCGCACUGGCGCGAGAUGCAGGCCAUCUUGCGGCGCGAAGGAGCCGCGCGCGACGAGGUCGAGUGCUGCCCCUCCGUCGUGCAGAUGGUGGAGACGAAGGGCGGCAAGACGCCAACCGGCCUCUACGUUGAGCUAUACAAGGAUGGCGAGAACACACAGCGGUUGUACGAGCUGUCUUGUGCACCAGGCGUCAAGGACAUGCCGUGUCGCUUCGUCGACUCGCGGCUCUACAACCACUCCAAGUGUGUGCAAAAGUACUCGUACUCGUACGCUCUGGUGCGGUACACGACCGAGGUGCCGCACCGGCAGCGCAACGAGGGUCACUUCUCAGUGCCCGGCGGCUGGUCGAUGGACUACGUGAUAGUGCGCGCCGGCUGCGAGUGUCAGAUCAAGCCGCCGCGCAAAGCCGCGCACCGCAAGCGUCUCGAGCGCCACCGACAGAGGAGGAAGAACCGCCGCCAAGAGGAGGACGAUGACACUUGACGAGUGGUGCACAGUGCGGCGCAGUGCGGUGCAGUGCAGUGCAGUGCAGUGACACAGUUCGUGUUGACAUUGAACAAAUUGUAUUUAGUAUAGUUAUCACUGUUGUGUCGUAUCGUUUCGAUAUUGUCUUCGCAAGUAGCUAUUUGACUUCAUCUUAAGCAUUUCGCAUACCCAAGUUCAAAUAGUCUGUCAGGUAGUGUGAUCGGUAGGUCUGUUACCGAUAUCGUCGACUAAACCACCGAACUGUACACACAUAAUUCAAUUAAAAUCCUUCAUAUUCAAUGGAACCCUUGACCUCACAAUUUAUACGCAUCUAAAUCCAAAAUCGUAAACUCGUACGUAGACAUAAUAACGAGUAGAUACGGCACAACAUAAAUAAUCCCACGUUACCGAUGCCGAGUCAGGAGCCGCUAUCGGUUGAUGUAUUUCAAUGUAUUUAUUUUCGGAACUCAAGUCUAUUCUAUUACGCUUCUUAGCUCAUAACCGCGGCCGUGCCUUAUCGCCUUAUUGCUGUACACCGACAUGCCAACAUUACAAAAUCGCAUUCAUUUUAUUCAAUAGCGCACGUAAAAUUCGCCGCCGAAUUAUUUUUACUUCAUACCAACAAUACUAAUCAAACUUAUAUCUAAUUUUCACAAACUUAUAGCAGUAAGAUGCUUUAGGAAAUCUAUAUUAAUGAUUGUUAUAAUUUUAAAGUUCAAACAGGUAAAAAUAAAAAUGGCGGCAAAACCUGUCAUAUUGUCAAAACACACAGAUAACAAAAUAUAUUCAAUCAAGACGAUUCGUAUAAUACAGUUCCUUGUAGUUUAAAAAGGAAAUUUAAAAAUAUAUUUUACAUAUUUUUAAAUAAAA